UCUUCUUUGAUUUCAACCUUCUUAUCUUUUCUUAAAGAAAUGUCACCUGCUAACACCAUGUCUGAACCACUUAAAACUACUUUAUGUUUCUCCAUUCAAGAUACAGUGGGAGGACUUGAAAGUUGUCUUGCUGCUUUGAAAUCCAUGUCUAUUUCCUUAACUCGAAUUGAAUCUCGUCCUAGCCGUACAAAGGAUUGGGAUUAUGAUUUCUUUGUUGAUUUUAAUGCAGUGGAUGCUAAACAAGUGGAAACUGUAGUAGACCAACUUCGUAAACAUACAAAGGAUGUAUGUGUCAUUGGUUCCGAAAAUACCGGAGAUAGCGUGGUUUGGUUCCCACGCAAAUUGGCAGAUCUUGAUAGUUUUGCUGAAAAAGUACUUGAAAUGGGUGAAGAAUUAAGUUCUGAUCAUCCUGGUGCUCAUGAUCCUGUUUAUCGAGCUCGUCGUGCAGAAAUCACUCGUAUUGCCAAAACGUAUCGUACAGGUCAAACGAUUCCAGAAAUCGAAUAUACAGAAGAGGAAAACGCGACAUGGGGUAAAGUAUACCGACGAUUGACAGAGUUGUACAAGACACAUGCUUGUCGUGAACAUCAAUACGUGUUUCCUUUGUUGGUGCAAAACUGUGGGUAUAGUGACAAGGCGAUUCCUCAAAUCGAACAUAUUUCUCGCUUUUUGAAGGAUUGUACUGGUUUUACCUUACGUCCAGUCAUGGGUUUAUUGUCCAGUCGUGAUUUCUUGAAUGCUUUUGCCUUCCGUGUAUUUUAUUCUACUCAAUAUAUUCGUCAUGCCUCUAAACCUUUUUAUACUCCUGAACCUGAUUGUUGUCAUGAAUUAUUAGGUCAUGUUCCUUUGUUUGCUGAUCCGGAUUUUGCUGACUUUUCACAAGAAAUUGGAUUAGCAUCAUUAGGAGCAUCUGAUGAAGAUAUUGAAAAACUAGCAACGAUAUUUUGGUUUACAGUAGAAUUUGGUUUAUGUCGACAAGAAGGAGAACUCAAAGCAUAUGGUGCAGGUUUACUUAGUUCAUUUGGUGAAUUGGAAUAUUGUUUAUCGGAUAAACCCGAAUUACGACCCUUUGAUCCUGCUAAAACCGCCCUACAGAAAUACCCCAUCACCGAAUAUCAACCUGUCUACUUUGUCGCUGACUCAUUCAAGGAUGCUCAAGAAAAAGUACGUGAUUUCGCUGCCAAUCAAAUGAAUCGUCCCUUUUCUGUACGUUAUAAUGCUUUGACUCAAACUAUCGAAGUCUUAGAUAAUAAGGAAAAGGUACUUCGGUUUGCAAAAUCUAUACGUGAUGAUAUGAAAACGUUGACAACUGUGUUGGAGACCUUAUCAUAAUCACAAAUCUUACUUAGCCUUGUAUCUAUUUGUUCCAUUUUAUUUAGUUUGAAGGAAAAAAAAAAUAUAAAGAGUUCCACCACAAGCUAUCAAUAAAAUUUAAAUCAAGAUACAAUCAAUA